GUCCCCAGUACGACCUGGGAGUGGGCGGAGCGAGCAGUAUUAGGAAAAGAUGGAAGCUAAAAAGGACAAAUAAUGGAGAUAAUGCAACAAAAGCAGAGCAUGCUAGCAUGUAGCAGAAAGACCUGCAGCAUAUGCUUCUUGCUUGCAUGCAUAUUGGAUGUAAAUAAUGUUAUAACAUAAAGAAAGGAUGAACAUAUUGGAAAAAAAUAUCAAGAAUCAUAGAAGAAUGAAUAUACAUAAUUGAAAUAUAGGCAUUAACAAGUGAUUAUAUUAAUAUGUAGAAAACCAUAUUACAAAAUUAUCAGAAAAUGAAUGGUUUUAUCUGCUUAUCUACUGUGAAAAGUGGUCUGUGAUAUUGUUAUCUUAAGUGGUAAUGAAGAGGAUGGAGAUGACAGUGUUGAGAUGAAGAUAAAGGUAUAUAUUAAGUGAUGUGUUAGAAAAAUGAGAUUUCAGAUUUAAUGAAGAUAGCAAUGCAACCAGAGAAAUAUUAAGUGUCAUUCUAUAACAUUUUUGUUAUAAAAAGAAAAAGAAAUUACAAGAUCCAUAUAUAUUUAUAUAUAUAUAUAUAUUUCUAUAUAUAAUAAAGAAAAACUUUUGUUCAUUACCUUGAUUCUCAACUUGUUGUGAUAUGAUGAGUCAGUUACAUUCCAUGAAGAUACCAAUGCAUUCCACAAGUACCUGCAAAACAACCUAGGAAUUUUUUAUCAAAUCGACCAAGCGAAUACUCUUCAUUCAAAAUGGAGCACAGCGAACUGAUUGCCGAAAUGGCAUAUAUUGAAAAACUAUCGACCCAAGAGCGCUUAAAGCUUGCUCGAAGGAGGCGAAUGCAGCAGAUGAAGAAGUGGUCACAGAAGGAAAGAGAAUUGGCAGGCAGCAAGAGGGAGAAAACAGCUCAGAAUGAAGCACAAAAGAGAAGGAGAGAAAACAAAAAGAGUGUGAAGUUUAUCAGCAAUGUUAUGUUGUUGGAGGCAGCUGCCAGGAAUGAUAUAGAAGAAGUGCAAGCUCUGCUGGAAGCAAAUGUGAAUCCAGACUCCACCAAUGAGGAUGGACUAACAGCUUUACAUCAGUGUUGUAUUGAUGAUUCUGAGGAAAUGAUGAGGCUGCUUGUCCACCAUGGGGCUAACGUUAAUGCACAAGACUCAGAGAAGUGGACACCACUUCAUGCAGCAGCCACUUGUGGACAUCUUCAUCUUGCCAAGUUCCUCAUUGCAAAGGGUGCAAAUCUUCUGGCUGUAAAUGCUGAUGGUAAUAUGCCAUAUGAUAUAUGUGAAGACGAUGCAACCCUCGAUUACAUAGAAAGUGAGAUGGCUCGACGAGGUGUUACCCAGCGACUCAUUGAUGAAACUCGUUCAGCUACAGAAUCUCAGAUGUUAAAUGAUUUAAAGGAAAUGAAGGCUAGGGGUGAAAGCUUGAUGUACCGUGAUCACCAGGGCGCUACACCUCUUCACAUCGCUGCUGCCAAUGGCUACGUCAGAGUGGUGGAAUACCUGCUGAGUCAGAAUGUACCCACGGAAGUAAGGGACCAUGAUGAUUGGUCUCCUCUCCAUGCAGCAGCUUGUUGGGGACAUCCGGAUGUGUUGGAGCUACUGAUGCAGCAUGGAGCAAACCUGCAUGCAAGGACCAAAAACCAGGAAACUCCAUAUGAUAUCUGUGAAGAUGCAGAACUUAGAGAAAGAAUAAUGCAGCUAAUUAAUGAACAGGAAACAAAGAGACUUCAUGAGCAGACCAGAAGGGUGCGCCGAGCCCAUUCGAACACGAGAACACAAUCUGUUCGCCGAACGUCUAUCCGUGAGAAAACCUUAACACCAAAGAAAGAAGCCCAAGAGGAAGCUAGAAUUCGUCUCCAGCUUGAGAACAAGAAAAAACCUUUGCAGGAGGAUUCACCAGCUCUUGGAGGACUUCGGGCUGUAAGGGAGCGUGGAGACACAGCCGUUUUAACCACAUUCCCAGCUGUAAUUCCUGCGAAUAACAUCAACAACAACAAUAAUGCUACAAAGGAGAACUUUUUGGCGGAAGAGGAAGAGGAGGAAUUGAAGAAGGAAAAGAAGGAGAAGGAGAAAGAAGAUACAGGGAAAGAGAGCACGAUUCACGAAGAGGAGGAAAACCGAGUGCUCCCCCCACCUGCUGUGGUUGUCAAGAAAGAAAAGGAAUUAGUGACAAGAUCAAGCAGUGGCAGCAGCUCAAUGAGCCAUAAUGAUGGAGACAGAAGGGAAACCGACAGCCAAGAAAAAGAGAAAGUAGAAGAGUUGGUGUCUACCCCACCUGUUCCACCACCACGGAGUUCUUCUACCUCAAGACCAGACAUCAUAGCUACAACUGGGACUGUUAGUGGUGGGAAUGUAAAUGGGAGUGGGAUGGUCACUCACAGUGGAGAAGGGGGCAGUAAAAUAGACAUCCACGUCACCGUUACUGUCAACCCAUUUUCUCCUGGCACUCUAGCAGACCUGAAGAAGCAGCGGGCCAUGUCGCGAGCUUCCCAAAACUCUUACACGCUUGCCCCAGCUUCCAGUACUUAUUCACUCUCCACACCCGAGUAUGAUUCCAGGGCACAUGGCAGAAAUCCAGAAUUCACAGCCUCCUCUGUCAGAGUAGACACUGUAACCUACAGGCCACCUCCCUCCCCGUCGCUUACCCCGCGCAAGUUUUGUGGAGACCCAGCAGAGGUCAUAGGUGGGGUAGACACUCAGUCUUGCUGCAGCAUGAUGUAAAAAUACUUGCAAGCUGGUGGACAUUCAAGAGAGAGAAUGUAUGACCAUAGGACACAAGUUGGCAUUGUGACAGAAUGUGAGUGUGAUAAGAAAUGUGCUUUGUAUAUUUUGGAAAAAAUCCUUAUUUUUUAGCCUGAUAGAGACCUUUCUGUCAACAUAUUCACUAUGGUGUAUUUUACUGUUGAUGACGGUGAAUUGAGAGGAAAGGACAAGAAAUUUUAGCUGUGAAGUAUGUUCAGGAAAUGAAUGGGAAAACAGGAGUGAUAUUAUUUGCUUAUACAUGUAUAUGUAAAUGGUAAUGCAAAUCAAAAGUCAACUUAAUCCAGAGCCAUAUGAAAAUUUAUAAUGUUGUUAAGGACUGUAGUGUUGUACUGUUUGAGCUAAAGGGAUCCAAACCAAGCAUUUCUAGCUGAAAUGUUCUCUCGGCAAGUACUAAAUGGAAGUGCCAAUAUGGAUAAUGUAAAGAGAUAUAAGAUGUAUAUAUUUUGACAUAAGAAUUACAUUUGUUUCAUCAAAUGGCAGAAGGUUAUAAAUCUUCCCAGGCAAAAAUUUUGAUAUAUCCAGUCCAAAAAGAGACCAGUAACUUUUAACUAUUUUGAAGAUAGAACUGUGAUCUAAAGAGUUCUUUUUGCAGUUGAGCUUUUGACUAUUUUAUCGUAAUAACAUAUUCAUAAACAGCAGAACAAAGUAAAACUUCUUGAAAUGGUGUUAAUUUCCCUACAAUCACCCCCUAAAAUAGUAAAUAAGUAAAAUAAAAAGAAUUGGGAGGCAUUGCUAACAUAGGAGUAUAGUUUACGGAUUCUAAAGUUGAAUAGUAUGUUAACUCAAAUGUUAUUUUACUGUAAGUAAUGUUACAGAUUAGAGUUAUGUGCAAUAUGGACAUAUGAAAAAGUAUGAGGCAUACAUAUUUUUCUGUGAGGAAAUAUGAAAUAUAUUUGAUAUUUAUAAAAUCACAUUAUUAGUACAUCCAGAUGACAGCACACAGUUAAAGCCAUGGUUUGUUUUCUUGGAUGUUUAUGUAUUGGACUUGAAUGUUUGCUUGACCAAGAUGUGGGGUGUUGCUCUUUAUUUCUCUCCCACAUGAAAUUUUUAAAAUGUUCAACAAAUUGUGAUAAGUUCGGCCCUCGAACACAAGUUUUUAACUAUUAUUGUGUAUAUUUUGAAGAUCAUUACUAACUAAAGAGCAUAGUCUUUUUCAUUAUAUUUUUUUCUGAACACAACACUAGUAGGUUUCCUUUUUUAUUCAUCGUUAAGCUGGAGCGUCACCAGUCUUCCAUUAAUCAAGUCUUAAUGCUCAGUCAGUUUCAUAUUUUUGCUUGAUUCUAAACUGACUGAUGAAGAAACAUGUUUAGCAAUAUGAAAUAUUUAUAGUUUUAACAAGUGCCAGUUUAGUGAAGAAAAAAAUUGAUCAAGGGUAUUAAGAUAAGUUUAGUUUUGAGAGAGUAUGAAGGCUUUGUUGGUAAUGAUUAAAAUGUAACAAUUAAUUGUCCUAGAAAUAGCAUGGUAAUGUGUAUUUCCUGUUAACUUUUAUUAAGAUUGUUAGCAUACUAUUAAAAUCUGAAAGGUAAUGGAAAGUUCAUCCAUCCUUUAUCAUAUUUAAUGAUAUUAAGCUUUAAAAAACAGAGAAACAUAUUCCAUUAAAUGAAAUGAUAAUGUUAGCUUAUAAAAAGUGUGUGAAUGAGUAGUUUCUACUUUAUUUUGUCCUUUGUUUUGCUAUAUUGAGUAAUAUUAGACUAAAAAAUUAUUUCCUUGUACUUAUUUUACGUCUUGCUAAACAUUUACAAAAUUGAUCUGAAACUUUUGCCUUUUAAGACAAAUUUAUGCAGUUAUAGUAAUGGCAAGAUUAACAAAGUAACACCGUUAGAUUGUUGCUUUAUAAAACCUAAGGAUUACCUUCCAGAACCUGACUUAAGUAUUAGCCUUUUGAAUUUAACCCAUUGAUUCCAUGCCAUGCCCACUGAUAUUUUAUUUUAUUAAUUUUGUUUACACGUCCAUGACUCCAUAAAAGCUUAGUCACCAAGAAGCCAACUACUAAUCCUACAUUCCUCUUGUUUAUCCUUUUCCUUGAUAUUAGGAAAGCUUCUUUUUUUUAUUGCUAUUAGUAUUUUUAACAUCAUGAUGUCAAUGCUAAUAAUAAUAAGUGGUGAUAUUAAUAGCAUUAGAAAAAAUAUAUAUAAAUAAAUGCAAAAAAUGGAGAAAUUAGUUGGUCACAUAGGGCCUACUAUUUGACUUCUUGGUAUCUGAGCACUUAAUGGAGCUCUGUUUGUAAACAAAAUUCACAAAACAAAAUUAGAGUGGAUAAUACAUGUGCCUGGUGCCAAUGAGUUAUGCCUUCAUAUUUUUUUUUACACUGGAUUGUGCUUAAAGAAACUAAAGUCUAUUGAAGCAGAAUAACACAACAAAAUGCCAAUAAAAAAAAUUAUUUGGUAUUUUUUUUAUCUGUAUGCUCUUGUGCUCUGAGUUAAUUUCUGAUCUAAUGUACAAAGUAUCUCUUGCCUUAUUUUCUUUAUUUAGAUACAGACCUUGGUUUAAUCCAGAUGGAAUUAGGUACAAGAAUCUUGCAAUAUAUACUUUGCAUGUAAAAAGUAUGUCUUGGAAAGAGUUUCAAAACAACUGGAUAUAAGAUAUGGCAGCAAGAUUUAAUAAACUAGUUAGGCUAAUGUUAGUGACUGAAAAUAAGCUUGCUUAUACUCUUAUCCAUUUGAUACCAAGACUGUAUCACAGAUGAUAAUUGCAUAUUACAUUAGUAUCUUGUUAAACAGGAUUGUAUGUAAAAGUGAAGAAUGGUGAAGUGAGCAAUUAUAUUCCAGAGUAUGUGCACUUGUUCAGUUAAGCAUGUUUUUGUUUUGCAAAAUAAAGUACUUACUCUAACAAUUAUCUUAACUUGUUAUGAAAGCUGUAUUUGUGAUAACAUAGAAUGGCAGUUUGCAAAGAGCGAGUGAAUUUAAGCUAGAAGUAGAUAGGUACUUUGCCAAUAUGCACAUGUUGUGAUGGAUUAAAAGAACUAAAUAUAUACAAUAUAUACAUAUAUUAUUGACUGUUAAUCUGCAUGAUAUGCUAAUACAUAGAAUUUAGAAGUCAAAUAUUGAAUAUAACUAGCAAUAAUAUUAACCAUUUGACACUGUUACAUUCCAGGGUUAUUUAUUUCUGAAAAUAAAAUUUAAGUAGAAUGUAUUUUGUUUGAAAAUGUAGUAUAGAAUAAUUUUUUAAACCAAGUUUGUGCAUGGACCUUUAAAAUAUUUGAGGAAUGGGCACAAAUGCUAACCAGCACUCACAGCGGGUAUUUGUAAUGCUAGACAUGAAUGGGAUUGUUUUUCUGCCUUUUCUUCAUCUGUCAUUUGUUUCCCCCUUUUCUCUCUUUCUAAAUUCAGAAUAAAGUGUCUUAUAAUAUACAUUCACAAAAGACUAAGUCCAUCGAUUGAGGCCUUAUAUCUGGUGUUCAGUAAUAUUAGUUAAUUUAAUAAAGGAUAUGAAAAUUAGUUAAGCUAAUAAAGUUCAUUCUUGUAUGACCAUUAUUGUUUAUGUUCUGUUUAAGUUAGGAUGAGAACAGAUGCUGAAUGAAAUGUGAAUUGUAAGAGAAGUAGCUUAAUAGGCACAAAUAAAUUUUACUAGAAUAUAUUACAAAAUAGUCAAUCAGCACAUGACACAAACUUCUUGGCAUUUUAAAGUCCUUUUAGUGUUAGUUCCUAGAAAAAUGGGCUUAUUUUUUUUAAUACUGGCAUCACUGUAAUGUUAGUUUGGUGUUCUUGUACAACACAUGCAUGAAAUUCUGAAAUGUAUUCCUAGAGUUGUCACCCAGCACAUUACCCUGUGAAUGUUGAAAUAUAUGUGUAUAUAUUGAUAUUUUAAGUAUGGUAGAGAAAAGAUUAGGGAGUAACUAGUCUCUUUUCACUUAGUGAAGUGCCACAAGGUUAAAGCAAUAACUGCUAUUGAGUGUCACUAAUUGUAUGAUAAUCAAUUUUAUACUUUUCUCAUAAUAGUGCCAUAAAUGAAUAUAGAAUAAAGUAAUGAUUAUUUGGCUUUUCAGUCAAAAAAAGAAAAAAGAAUUUGGACUCAGAAAAUCACAAAUACCUGAUUUUAGGCUAUCCUGUACUUCAAAAUGUUACUAUGAAAAGAUAAUGGGUGUAGCUAAUUCAAAAUCUGUUUGUUUGAUUUUUCAUGUUUCAAUCUUUUACAUGAAGGCUGACUUCCUUGUUCAUACCAGUUCUUUUUGUUAGCAGAAAUUCCACAUAUUAAUACAAUGCCAAUAUGCAUUGCCAGAAGGGUUGGCACUAUUUCAAUAUACAUUUGCAAAGUUAUGUUGUACUUAAUUUAAAACCUUAUUAACAGAAAUCUGGGAUUUUUCAGGUAUAUAUUCAGAAAUAGAAGCAUAAUUUAGCAUUAGCUUAAAAUUGAAAAUAAGUUGACAGAAUAUAGCUAAUAAAGUAACAUCUCAUUAUAUUUGAAUUUCAGUUGCACAAACUAAAAAUGCAUGGCUAAAGUAGCUUAAUAAACUGCAUAUAUAAUUAUUGGAAUUGUCUAGUAAUCAGGUAUGACUACAUAAUACCUAUUGAUUCAAUUGAGUAUAACAUAAUACAGCAUCGAUUGUCCUCAGAUAAUUAGAAUAUAUAUGAGAUGGUUAAUCUGACUUAGAAAUUAUGUGAAUAAUUAUUUCAUAUUUUAUGGCGCUAUUGAGGUUAUGUUGUACAAAUUUGUAUACUCCUCUACAAUGGACUUUAUCAAGUAUAAACUGCAAAGAUACCUGUAUGCAGAAAUGUAACCAUAAGGAAUAAUUAACUGCACAAAUAUAUAGGAAAGGAAGAAUCCAGUGUAUCCUAUCUGCAAUGCAUGAACUGAUCUAUGUAUCUAAUGUGUGUAUAUAUUAGUGUGGCCUUACCAUGUAGGUAUGCCAUGUUGUUAUGAUUUGUUGUGGCCCUACUGCUAAAUAAUAAUAAUCAAAUAGAAA